AAUAUUAUACUCUCGGCGACGAGACUGUUGAUUCCAGCUCUCUCUAAUUGUCAAACUAUUUGAAUAAUUCUUUUAUCUCUUUAAUUGGAAAUGGAAACUAGCCUGAAGAUAAACUCCUGAAGAAGUAAACAACUUUUUUUCUUUUCAUUAUAGAAAGUUAAAUGGACAGAAUUUUCUCAAUUUUUCUCUAAAAAAAAACUCUACCUACUAAGUAUUUUGGCAUUAAAAGAAUAAUAAGUCAGCAAAAGCGUUUUGCAUCAAUUUAACAGGAAGAGAAACUAACCAAACUAACUAAAUAAAUUAAAUUCUUAUGUAUAUAUACAUUUAAAUGUAUAUGUGUAUAUGUAUACAUAUAUAUAUAUAUAUAUAUACUUGUUAUCAUCUCAAAUAAAGCUCUUCCUUAUUUGGUAAACGAGGAAGAAACGAGAAAAGUUUAAGAGGAAUAACAAAAAAAGAAAGAAAGAUAGCCUCUUUAGUAAUCAAUUGGGAGAAAAGAAGAAGACGUCAUCUCCAUUAAUUAUCAAUAAAAAAUAUUUUUUGUGCUUUUUUUUUUUAAAAAGAAAAAAAAGUUGAAAAAUUGUUUUUAUUAAGAUAAAUAAAAACAGAGAAAGAUAGAAGGAAAAGGAAAUUAAAAAAUUACAAGAAAAUACUAAUAAUACUGAUAACUUUUGAGGAUUUUUGAUUUACAUUUUUUUCAAAAGUUUUGUUUUUAUAUAAAUUUUGAAGAAGCAUCUGUAAAAGAAACGAGGAUUAAAACUAUUUCUUUAUUUAGAAAGGGAUUAAAAUAAUGUAAACAUUUUACCGGAGCGGAGAGAAACAGUUACAGAUAAUAACGAAAAAUGUUAAAUAAUUCGAAUGUUACUGCUCCUCCUUCUGAGAAAGUUGAAGAUCAGGAACUCGAAUGCAGUCGCGUAUUAUUUAUAAUCUAUGUUGGAAUAUUUGGGCCUAUAGUAAUAUUUGGUAUUAUAGGGAAUACCCUAUCCUUUAUGGUUCUGUCGUGGGAAAAGCAUAAUCGAGUUGCAACUUUUCUACUCCAAUGCCUAGCCUUGACAGAUUCCUUAUUUCUCUUCAUUUCCGGUAUAUGCCAAAUCUUUCCAGCCAUGACCAUAUAUUUACAGGCACUAUCCAUUAAGAAUAUGAUUCAACCCUACAUACAAGUUAUAUUUUGGCCUUUUGUUCACAUAACGCAAUUCUUAACUGUUUGGAUGACGGUUCUGGUCGCCUUUAAUAGAUACAUAGCAAUCUGUCGACCUUUUCGAGCCAAUCAGUUGUGUACAAAGAGGAAAGUACGGUUGCAAGUUGGUCUAUUGGUAUUAUUUAGUGUCGUCUACUGCAUACCAAGAUUCUUUGAAGUAAAACUGGAAUCUUUACCAAAUUCCACUUAUAUGGAAUCAAAACAGCGGGAUUUUGUUCAGAACAAAGUCUACAAAUAUACCUACGAAGUGGUUGUUUACUUACUAGUGGUUUUACUAAUACCAUUAAUCCUGCUCAUCUUCUUAAAUACCCACCUAAUAAGGGAACUUAUUGCGGCUCGUAAUCGAAGACUAAAACGGUCAAUUGGAGGAGAAGACGAUGACGAAGAGCAAAAUUUAACCCUAGUUAUGGUUGUCAUCGUGCUUGUCUUUAUCUUCUGUCAAACCCCAGCUUUUCUCAAUCAAUUACUAUUUGUAAUUAUCGGUCAUACACAAUACUAUUGCGUGUCAGCCUACUUUAUUUUCUUUCAAUGCUCUAACUUAAUAGUUUGCGCUAAUAGCGCAGCUAAUUUUGUCAUCUAUUACGCUUUUCGUAAGCAGUUCAGAGGCAGAUUGGCUGCUUUCUGCGGACGGAAAAGACUGUCCGAUUCCGCAUAUCAUCAAGUGGCUCUAGUGGAGAGAAAUGGUACGAGAAUAUCAGACAAUGGAGUUGAACGCCUCCACGAUCAUACAUGAGACUAAAUCAACCAUAAAACAUCGUUGAAACUUUAGAGGAAAGAGAAUAAUAAACUAAACGUUGACAAGAGAAAACAACCUGCAUCUUCCUCCGAUCUUUAAUCUCCCUAACCCUGUAACAUUUUUACAAAAAAAAAAGAAAUACUCUCUCUUAUCAUUUUUCACUUAACGUAUUCAAUUACAUUUGGCUUAAUCUAGAGAUCUAUCUAAUUUGCUUAUAUUAAUAUUAAUUAAAUUUUUGAAUAUUUUGUUCAUAGUUAAAUAAUUGAAGCUAUUCAAUUCAAACAACAACAACAAAAAAAACUUGUAAAAUUAAGAAAAAAAGACAACAAAAACAAUAAAAUAACUGAAUUAGAAAGUAGAAAUAUAGAAAGAUUUCUUUUUUUCUUCUUCAGCUUCCUAAUGAUUAUUAAAUUGAUAAAAAAAAACGAGAUAGAUAAAAGAAGGAAAGAAAUUUAGAUCAUCAUAGGCCUGUAUAAAAUAUUAAUGAUGUUACAUAAUUUAAAAUAAAAAUAUUCACAUUUAACUUGUUCAAAAACAAUUAAAUCUCUAUUCAGAAUAAAUGUGUAUAUAGACGAAAUGAGAAUAGGAAAAGUGAAGAAUGAGAAAAUUAGAAAGAAUUUAGAAUUAAUACAUAAAUAAUAUACAUUUAUAUGCUCUAUCUUUCUCCUACUCUGCAUCUCUUCUUCUUUUUCUAUAUCUCUCUUUUCUCUUUGCUAUCUUGUAUCUUCCAUUAAUGUUUUAUUUAUUUAUUAAAUAUACUAAUAUAUUUAUUAUUCUACUCUUAUAAGAAAACAGCUUUUACUUGAUUUAAAGUCUAUAGAAAUGCAUUCUUUCUAGAUUUAACCAUAUUUAGAAAGUUAUUUAACAUUCUGUAAAGAUUAGGGAACAAAAUACAUGUAUAUGUAAAUGAUUAACUAAUUUAUCAGAGUCAUAAAACUUGCGGAUAAAGGCAUUUAAAAUGAUCGAUAAGUGUAGGUUAUCUAUAAUAUCUUAUCAAAAAUAACACUUUUUAAUAUAUUUUAAUUGAAAUAUCGGUUAAUCGUCAUUAAGAUAAAGGAUUUAUUAACGUAUUAUAUAUGAUUUAGAAAGUAGUACUAACAGGAUUAUUUCUUUAUUACUUAUUACUUUUUAUCUUUGAAACUAUGCAAAAAAUAUUCAAUUUUAUUUUAACAUAAUUGUACAAAUUGUGCAAAAAUGACUUAAGAAUAAUAAUAAAUGUAUAUUUAUUUUUAUGUAAUUUGCUAUUUAUAUUCAAUACAAGAUUUUAAAU